AUGGAGUCAUCAAACCAGGAACAUUUCUUUGAGACGGACGCCCAGCAGGCCAAGCGCCAGCAGCGUGCCCAGAAGGAGGAAAACACGUUUGGCAACCCGCUCCGCAUGGCCUCCAAAGUCCUGGCCGUGAUCCCGGAUCCCAAGAAGGCGAACUCAGUUUACACGGCCGAGUCUGGCGGCAGGGUCUCCCGCGUUGACACCGAAUCACGAACCGCCACCGCAAAGUACACCGGUCCCUCCGUCCCCGUGACGUGCCUCGCCAUCGGCGGGCAGGACAACUCCAUUCUCUUCGCCGGAAGCUGGGACAAGGCGGUGUGGUCAUGGGACGUCGUCACCCGCAAGCCCCUCCGCCGCUACGACGGACACUCCGACUUCGUUAAGGCGGUCGUCACCGGCAAGAUCGGGGAUAAGCACGUCCUGGUCAGCGGCGGGGCCGACAAGAAGAUUAUCGUGUGGGACGUGGAAGCCGGGCGCAAGCUGCACACGCUCCAGGACGCGGCGUCCGGGGCGAGCAUGAUGUCGCUGCAGUCCCUCGCCGUCGACCCCGUCCUCAGCACGAAGGAGGAGCUGGUGAUUGUGAGCGCGAGCAGCGACCCACACAUCCGCCGGUGGAAGGUCAGCCUUGGUGGCGCCUCGCAACUACCUACCGAAGUCAAGGGCGCCGAGGACAAGCUUACGAUUGAGGAGCACGAGACGAGCGUCUACAAAGUCGUCUUUGACGUCACGGGCGACGAGGUGGACCUGUGGACGGCGAGCGCGGACGGUACGGCCAAGUGUCUGCUGAGAGAGAAGAGCUUCACGGCCGAAGACGCCUUCGAGCAUGGCGACUUUGUCAGGGCCAUCGCGUUGACGGACGAGUGGGUUGUCACGGGCGGCAUCAGCCAGGUCAUCAAGGUCUGGGACCGUACGUCGGGGAAGCUCUACGCCUCCAUCGACGCGCACUUUGACGAGAUCACGGACUUGAUCGUGCUGAGAGACCCGUCGCCGGGAAGGCAGGACGUCCUGUGCAGUGUUGGUAUCGACUGCACGCUGCGGACAUGGCCGCUUGAUAGGAAGGGUCUGGACGGCGUUGUGGAGGAAAUCCAGGCGGCGGCAGAAGGCAAGGAAAAGGUGGAGGAAAAGCAGGAGGGCCUGAUGACGGCUGAGGAGGAGGCUGAGCUGGCUGCCUUGAUGGAAGAUGAUUGA